CUCUCCUCAAAGAAAAACCUCUUCUGGGGUUUUUGCUGUUGCUGCUGCUGCUUCGUUUUCCGCUUCACAACCAGAAAAACAGUAACAAUUUCAAAAAGGGAGAAGACUUGGAAAAGAAGAAGGUAGGAGAAAGAAAGAGGUUAGGAAAUGGUGAGAUUAACGGCGGAUUUGAUUUGGAAAAGCCCUCAUUUCUUCAAUGCCAUUCGCGAGCGAGAACUGGAUCUCCGAGGGAAUAAAAUCGCUGUUAUAGAGAAUAUUGGUGCUACUGAGGACCAAUUUGACACCAUUGAUUUAUCUGACAAUGAGAUUGUGAAGCUUGAAAACUUCCCCAACUUAAAUCGUCUAGGCACUUUGUUGUUGAACAACAACAGAAUUACCCGUAUCAACCCCAACCUAGGAGAAUUUUUGCCCAAAUUGCAUACUUUGGUACUUACCAACAAUAGGUUAACCAACUUGGUUGAAAUUGAUCCUCUCACAUCACUCCCAAAGCUGCAGUUUCUUAGUUUGCUUGACAACAACAUUACUAAGAAACCCAAUUACCGCCUAUAUGUCAUCCACAAGUUGAAGUCUCUGCGCAUGCUCGAUUUCAGGAAAGUCAAACAAAAGGAGCGGGUUGAAGCCAAGAAUUUGUUUGCAUCCGAAGAAGCUGAGGAAGAGGUUAAAAGGGAAUCCGCAAAGACAUUUGUACCUGGUGAUAUUCCUAGCACUCAAGAAGUCACAAAGGAGGAACAAACACCUAAACCAGUUGCUCCUACACCAGAGCAAAUAUUAGCUAUUAAGGCUGCUAUUGUGAAUUCACAAACUCUUGAGGAGGUGGCAAGGCUUGAACAGGCACUCAAAUCAGGCCAGCUUCCAGCUGAUCUCAACAUCAGUGAUAUUGACAGUGCUCCUAAAAGUGAAAGUGCUCCUAAAAAUGGAAGUGCUGGACAAGAUAACAUGAUUACUGAUGAAAAAGAAGCAAAUGAUGAAUCUGAACAAAAGAACGAUGAGUCUGCAGAAAUGGAAGAGGAAUAGGGCGGUCCACGUUGAUACUCGACACUUCUUGUUUUGCAUCCAGAAGUGAGCACAGAACAUGGAAAAUUGUUGCUCUACCUUGUGUAAUGUUGUAUCCAUAUGAGAGUUCACAGAGUGCGUGGUGAAGGAGAAUCUGACCAUUAGGCAUCUUUUACCGGCAUAUUUGAGAAAAAAAACACUUCUCUUCUAUUAGGCCAUUCAGACUUUUGUCUUUUUAUUGAAUUCGUUCUACAAAAUAUUGAAAAUGGCUGCUGAACUUAACUCGAGUUGGGAUUUUGGUCAAAUGAGAAAUUCAUGUCCCUUAA